AUGGCUACCUAUGAUAACAAAGCUUGGCUUCUAAAAAAUAUUAGAGAUGCAUUUAUUGCAACAGACGAUACCGGUUUGUGUGAAAUUGUUAUGGCUGGUGAAGAUUUUUCAAAAAUAUUCCAAACUAAAGCAAUUGAAGAGAAAAAGCGCAUGAGAAAUAGAGUAAUAAAUAGGCCGAGCACAAGUAAGGGUAGAGAGAGUUUCGCUGAGGAUGAUGAGAGGGAUAUAGCGACACUGUUUGAUCCAUACCCUGAUAUGGAAGACAGUGAUGAGGAUCCCAUGUAUGGCAGUUGGUUCCGUCAUGAAGAGUUUGGAGGACACAGACAAAGAUCAAACACAGCGCAAUGGCUGGACAAAAAAGAAUUAGCCUUAAAAAAGGCAGCAAAAAUAAAAGUGGUAAAAUGGGAAGAAUCAUACCCUCAAUUAACUGAAGACCAAAAAGCUGAAGCAUUCAAAAAAGUUGAGGUUAAAAAGCCACAAAAACAGAAGUCUUUACUUACAGAGCAAUUAGAGAAGUGUCCUGAUUUGCCUCAUCGUCAAUAUCUGGAGUAUGCAAAGUUUGAUGGCACAGCACAACUUGGGUUACCUACUAAAGUAUUUAAAAUUUUCAUGACAACUGUCCCAGAAAAAUAUCAAAAUUAUCCAGUCAUUGUUUGUGUUAUAGCUAGUGCCAAGAUCAAAGAUUUGAUAGGUUUCACUUGCUAUAAGUACAGUAUAGAACAUCCUGAUAUUACACUUGGCUCAGUACAUGAUUAUGGACUUUGUAUAGCAGAGGACGAUGGUGAAGUUGACUGGGCAUUCCCCUGCUUAGACAACAAUGAACCAUGCUCAAAGUUUGGCUUUACCUGCCUUGGGCUCAUAGAUACAAAACAAAAGGAGAAAAUUAUUCAAGUGACUACACCAAUUCCAGAUAUUGAUAUGGGCCACAGUGUCUUUUGUUUCCCAAAAGCCCCUGAUUCUGGACAGAGUAAUAUAAACUCUACCAAGCAGCACACGGGCGGCAGUGACACAUCAGAAAUUAUGAAAGCCAUGCAUUCUGUUACUGAAGGUAAGGGGUCAGGCUUCCAGUCGGGCCCACCCUUGACGGAUGCACCACAGGAUAAGCUGUACAGGGUUCAGUUAUUACACAAAGUGCGGGCUAGCACCCCAGUCCAACUCUGCAUUACACUGGAUCAGAUUGAAGUUGUCCCACUUGUAACACAGAAACAUGCUUUUUGGUCAAGGCCAAAAUACUUUCUGCACAGCAUGAACUCUGUGGCAUGGUGUCAAAUAUUAGAAGCAAAGAGCAAUAAGACAUCAUUCCGGAUUGUCUACUCACCUAGUCACGAUACUGCCUUCAACGACUCACACGCAGCAGGUAACUCCGGUGCAUUCCAGGCCACAGCAAUUUAUAAGAAACACGAUUUUGAGUGCGAUCACGACACGGCACGAAGGAUCGUCGAUAAAGUAAACACCAUAUUAGAUCUCAGAAAUAGUCCGUGUCGACGAGAAUAUAAAAACACCAAAGAGAAGAAACUUCACACAAGAAGAAGUUUCCACACAAAACAAUUAAAAAGUUGA